AUGGUUGCGAUUGUUUUCCAUUUUUAAAGGCGGAAGUGUGGCGAUAAUGUGACUCCGAGUUUUCGCGGCGUAUGUUGACGAUUCGACGUCCGCUGCGGAGGCCUGAGGUGCCUGAGGCCUGAGGCUGCACCGCGAGUCUGCGCGCACGCAUUCCGCAAUCGGUCGCGAUCUAUCCGCACGUAGCCACACUCACGCCGUGUCCGGACUUGCAAAAUGUUCGUAACUCACCAGUGACAAUAGAAAUUGUGUUGUUUUCGAAGAAAUAAAUACUGAUUACAUUCUGUAACAAUGGCGAUCAUAACAAUAAAAUUUUUGGAUGUGGUGCCCGUGAGGUUUAACCUCUGGAUAAUGCUGUUCACCAGCUGCUGGGUGGCGUACAUGCUGCGAGUCAACAUGAGCCUCAACCUGAUCGCAAUGGUGCCGCAGGAAAAGGGAAAUGCAUCAUCGCGAUCGCAAUGCGGCGCUAAAGAUGAUGCUGUGACAAAUGAAACUCUUCACCAUGUUGACAUCACUGACGUCAGAGAAGCACCCAGGCCGGUACCGGGCGGGGAGCAGUUUGAUUGGUCAGCCGAGCAGCAAGCUCUCAUUCUCGGAGCUUACUUUUGGUGUUAUCCUGUGACGUCACUGGUGGGCGGCAUGGCAGCCGAGCGCUGGGGGCCACGAUACGUGGUGCUCUUCAGCACCCUUGCCAGUGCAGUAAUGACGUUUUUAUCGCCAGUAGCAGCGAGAUUGAAUCAUGUAGCCUUGAUUGUGAUAAGAUUCUUGCUUGGAUGUGCUGGGGGUUUUAUAUACCCAUCGCUACACGUGCUGGUGGCACGAUGGGCUCCACCUGCUGAGAAAGGAAAAUUCGUAAGCGCUAUGAUGGGAGGAACAUUAGGUACUGUGGUUACCUGGUCGCUCACGGGUCCUCUCAUGGAGAAGUUCGGGUGGGCGUCAGCUUUUUAUGUGCCUGGUGCCCUCACCUUGCUCUGGUGUGUCUUUUGGUGGUACUUAGUCGCUGACACACCUUCAGAUCACCCCCGGAUUACAGACGCUGAAAGGAAAUAUAUUUUAGAGGCACUCGGAGACAAGGUCAAGAAAUCAAAGGGGUUGCCUCCAUUCAAAAGUAUAAUUACAUCAUUUCCUUUCCUGGCCAUGGUGGUCCUUCAUUAUGGUAACCUGUGGGGACUAUACUUUAUUAUGACAGUCGGACCAAAGUUCGUUUCAAGUGUACUGGGUUUUGAACUGUCCGCUGCUGGAGUAGUAUCCGCGUUGCCAUAUCUUGCAAGAAUGUUCUUGGCAACCAUAUUUGGCGCGAUAGGAGAUUGUAUAUUGGCAAGGAAUAUGAUGACGACAAAUACAAUAAGAAAAUUCUUUUGCCUCUUCUCCCAUAUACUCCCGGGAGUUCUGUUGGUUCUGCUGGUGUAUGCCGGAUGUUCAACGGUACUAUCCGUGGCGCUGAUCACAAUGUCAAUGGGAUGCAACGGAGCUGCGACGCUCACAAACUUACAAAACCAUCAGGAUCUUGCUCCUAACUAUGCCGGUACCCUGUACGGGGUAGCCAAUUUUGUUGGAAGUACCGCUGGUUUCUUCACGCCAAUGAUUACAGCUUAUUUCACCAGAAAUGGGAACAGUUUCGAGCAUUGGCGUCCUGUUUUCUUUGUUGGAGCCUCAGUAUACGUAGUGUCUGCAAUUUUCUUUAUACUGUUUGGCACGGGCAAUAUACAGCCAUGGAACUUCGGCAGGGAAGAUACUACUGAAGGGAAAGAAGACAAAGAGAAGAAUGGUGAUCUCAAAGAUAUGAAUGGAACUGCUCCAAAGAAAUUAGAUGGAAAAGACGUAAAAGAAACUUCAUUAAACGUUGUAGGCUAAUCAUUUCAAUCCGUAGACAGGUUAUUAUCACUUUUAGAAGAACAGUGAAUUAAUGAAUUUGUAACGGAUGUGUAAAACUUGUAAUUUAUGCAGUUUCUUAGUUUUAAUUGACUAUGAAUUUAUUCUAAACUAUGACUGGACUCAAAAGUAGCGAACGUGAACGACGUGUGGCUGAUUUUAAUUGUGUGAUAUGUGUAGUUAUAGUUAUAUUAUUACGACUGCUUGAUUCAACACUAGUCGCUAAACACCUCGUACCAGAAGUUCUAUGAUUUUUACAGAUGAUUAUACUUGAUUUUGUGGGCAUUUUUCAAAAGUAUUUUUGCAGACAGCUUUCAAAAUUGAUCAGGAAAUGUUAAUCACAGGAUUUUAGUUUACUCAAUCUAGUUUAUCUAGCCGCAGACGAUGUUUAGGUGUUAUCACGGCUUUUAUCAAUUUAGGUGACUUUUUAUACGAUUGCGAAUAAUUGACAGGUGUUAAUCAAGGGUUUAGGGGGCCAUGGUAUGGUAUUAGGCCUCGGCCUUCAACUUUGGCCCUGUAAUUCAGUGAUAAUAAAUGGUAGGUACCUUAUUCAAAAUUAUUGAUCUUCUCACUACAAUAGUUUUCAUGAUAUACCUACUCCGGCUGUUCGUUCAAAGUAUCAUGAAGUAAAAGACUGUUUUAAAGUUGACUUUAUUAAAGUUGUUUUACUAUUUGUAUAACGAUGAUAAUAAGCUAUUACAGAAAAAAAUAGUGACAUGCAUUUAAUAUUGUAGCAUUGUUUAGUUAACUUUUAGUUUUGUUGGAUGACAGGAGGUGUCGUCGGUCGUAACAUGACGUGCCACAAUGGGGUGUCUAAAAAAUCAUGGCAUUCAUGUGCCCUAAGGAAUAGUUCGACGAAAAUUUGCAGGAUUAAUUCAGACUACUUUGCAGAGUUGAAAAUUAAUAAUUCUUAUUCUUUUCUGUAUGUCUUUAUGUGUUUUUUUCGCAUUUUCUUUAUCUACUUACGAUAAAUGAAAUCGUUUUUGAGGCGCUAGUAAAAAAUAAAAUGAAGCAUCUUCAUUCUCAAUUUCUGAUAAAAAAAAAUCAGUAAAUGGUACCUAUAUCUAUGCUAUCUGAUUAUCUGAACCACCAUUCAAGUUUCUGUCAAUCUGUUUCUUACACCCUGUAUACUAUAAAAGUAAAUUAGCUAUUACAUGGCCUAUGUUAUUGGAAAAAUAA